AUGCGCUCCCUCCGCCGCACAGCCGCCCACCUGCUCUGCCACGCGAGGACUGUCCCCGCCAAUGAAGCCCGCAUGGCGUUCGACCAAAUGCUUCUUCCGCCUACCACCGUCCUGUGUCGCCCGCCGCGCGUGCACGCCGGCCACAUGCUCGACGGAAUGCGCGGCUCGUGGUUCUGCACCCAGGCGGGAUCUGCCGGCACCCACGAGCUCGCCAUGGACCAGCAGUUCACGGUGGUCCCUGGCUCCGACGGCUCCGAGGCGGCAGAGAGGGUCUGCCGCGUCGCCGUGGACCAGCAGUUCACGGUGGUCCCGGGCUCUGACCUCUCCGAGGUGGCAGAGAGGGUGUGCCGCGUUCUCUCCACCCAGCCGGAACCGACGGUGGCGCCGGCUCUUGACGCGCUUGGGGUGCCCAUGUCGCGGGAACUGGUGGCAGAGGUGCUCAAGAACCUGAGCAACGCCGGCGUGCUAGCCCUCACCUUCUUCCGGUGGGCCGAGAGGCAGGAAGGCUUCGUGUACACAGCCGAGAGCUUCCACAACCUGAUUGAAGCGCUCGGCAAGAUAAAGCAGUUCAGGCUGGUGUGGAGCCUGGUCGAGGCUAUGCGGUGCCGCGGCUUGCUUUCCAAGGACACAUUCAGGCUCAUCGUCAGGAGGUAUGCCCGGGCAAGGAAGGUCAAGGAAGCCGUCGAGACGUUCGAGAAGAUGGGCGGUUUUGGGCUGAAAACAGAAUUGUCAGAUUACAACUGGCUGAUCGAUGUGCUGAGCAAAUCCAAGCAAGUCAGGAAGGCGAAUGCCAUCUUUAAGGACAUGAAGAGGGAUGGAAAGUUUGUGCCUGAUCUGAAGACCUACACUAUCCUCAUGGAAGGCUGGGGCCAUGAGAAGGACUUGUUGAUGCUCAAGUCGGUGUACCAAGAAAUGCUGGAUGCAGGCAUUAAGCCUGAUGUCGUGGCGUACGGGAUGCUCAUUAGUGCCUUUUGCAAGUCCGCCAAAUGUGACGAGGCAAUCAAGGUGUUCCAUGAGAUGGAAGCCACUGGUGUCAUGCCAAGCCCUCAUGUGUACUGCAUGCUUAUCAACGGGCUUGGUUCAGAGGAGAGGCUGGAUGAAGCUUUGAAGUUUUUCGAGCUUUCUAAGUCCAGCGGGUUUCCCAUGGAGGUACCUACAUGCAAUGCAGUUGUUGGGGCUUACUGCAGAUCCUCAAAGUUUGAGCAUGCCUUUGGGAUGGUUGAUGAGAUGAGAAAGAGUGGAAUUGGACCAAAUUCCCGGACUUAUGAUAUUAUUCUGCAGUAUCUUAUAAAAUCUCAGAAGAUAGACGAGGCUUAUAAUGUUUUCCAGGAAAUGGGCAGGAGUGGCUGUGAACCUCAGAUCAACACAUAUACAAUAAUGGUUGGUAUGUUCUGCAGUAAUGAAAGGGUUGAUAUGGCCUUGAAGGUGUGGAACCAAAUGAAGGAGAAGGGUGUUCUCCCAUGUAUGCACAUGUUUUCCGCGUUGAUCAACGGGUUAUGCUUUGAGAACAGGCUGGAAGAAGCCUGCAUCUAUUUCCAGGAGAUGUUGGACAAAGGAAUUAGGCCACCUGCUCAGCUUUUCAGUAAUUUGAAGCAAGCUCUUAUUGAGGGAGGAAGGAUUAGUUUGGCACAAGAGAUGGCUUUCAAGUUGGAUACAUUACGGAAGACACCUUUGCGUCCUUGAGGAAACAUGCAAAUGAUGUAAGGCAACAGCUUGACAGCAAUAGCUCGACUCUCUAAAUCAUUUUCUCCACAAUGUGAGAUCCUCCAGUUUUGUGAUGAACAUGUGUCCGCCAGGUUGACAACCUCAAAUGAAGCAAAUUUGUUUGUUCAGAAGCUUCAGAAUAAGUCAUUUACUAACGAGGAGUUGCAAGUGAUGCAAGACAUCGCUGAAGAAUUCACACUCCUUUUAACAUCAAGGCAAUCAAAUUGAAGAUAGCUGGUGUACUUUAAAAUAAAAUGCAUAUUUUAGUGAACUUCCAGAUUAUGUCACCCAUCCUUUUUAUUAUAAAGGCUGAUGGAAAAAGGUUAGAUCCCACAUGGCUGGUGGCACUGAUCAUAAUUUGAGGCAUGCUGACUUGGGGCUUAAAACUCCGGGCCUGGAAAA